GCUAAGCGCUUAUUGGAGAAGGCUAGACCAGAAUUGAGGGAACAAUUGGCUCAUCUAGAUAUCCGAGAUUAUGAUGAAAUGUGCAUAAAACUACAAGUAGUAGCUCGCAGUAAGAAGGAGGUUGAGAGAGAGAAGAGGGGUUAUUCAUAUAGUAGACCCCCAACCUACCCUCGACCCACCGGAGGCAUUAUGAAGAAAAACCAUCAGGGUUCGAGUAGCUCAUGGAACCAAGGAAGGCAGAAGGGUCCAUUUCAAAGGGGCCAAGGACAGAGGAGCUAUCAUAGUAGUUAUUACGGGUCACAGAGGAGCCCAACAGUAUCUACCCCUGCCCUGAGUACAGCGAGCUCUCAACAGUGCACUAAAUGCGGGCGUCGUCAUUUCGGACAGUGCUGGAUCUGUUACAUUUGUGGGAAACCCGGUCACAUUGCAAAGUUUUGUGGGGACAACCAGGGCUCAAAUAUGAAGAACCCUUCCCAACAUCCUACUGUCUCUGGUCGUGUGUUUGCUCUUACUCAGGACACCAUGAACUCCCCAGAUGCCAUUAGAGGAGCGAAUCCGGCCGAGAAAGCACCAGAGGUGUAAUUAUGGUGUAUGAGACACCAUCUUUUACGUUGCCUCUUAUUUUGGAUUAUACAAUGUAUCUUGUGCCAACUUAGGACAUAUCUUGUCUAUGGAGCAUGUAAACUCUAAUUCUUUUUAUUAAAUGCAUUUAUAUGUCCAAGAGGAUUAUGUCUGUCCCUUUUGAUUCAUGACCUAAUUUAAAUAACAUGCUAUGAGGAUCAUGUCUGUCCCUCAUGGUUCUAAUUGCUUUUUGAGAUAUUUUAAGACCUGUGGUAUAUUGUCUUGGAUGUAUCAUGGUAGAAAUUUUUCUACCAUGAUAAGGGUAUGAUAAGGGUUCAAUGAAAAAAAAAAUGAUUUCUUGA